AUGAAUUUCUACGCAAAUGAAACGGCGUUCCUCUCAGUGACGGAAGUGGAUGAAAGGAGUCGAAGGUACCAGGUAUGCUAUGCUGCGCCACCCCAUAUUGUUUCAGAUGGGUUAUGGCGCAGCAAACCAAAUACAAGGUCUCCAAUGAAAUCUUUUCUCCCCUUGUUUGAGUUACAAGUCCUUCUAAUAUUCGUCGUCACCCAAAUCUGCCGUCUCCUCCUCCUGCCCUUGAAACUCCCACUCUUCAUUUCACAGAUGAUGGCUGGGCUAAUUCUGCAAGCUCUUUUUGCGGUGGAACCACUGGGCACAUACAUGAGGAUGCUGUUUCCGUAUGGAACUCAUGACACGAUCACAACAAUAUCAUCCAUUGGUUUUGUCCUUUUCAUUUUCAUAAACGGUGUGCAAAUGGAUUUCAGCUUGAUAACAAGGAUGGGAAAGAGGGCAUGGAGCAUUGCCAUUGUGGGAUUGGUAGUACCCAUACUUAUCGGUUUUGUCGUAGUCUUAUUCCAAUUUCGACUGGGUCAUGUCGUCCGUAACUUCGACCAUUUCGUUGUUGCAUUGGUCUCCCACACUGUUAUUUCAUUUGCCGUCGUUGCUUCCCUGCUCAAUGAUCUUCAAAUCCAAAACUCUGAACUAGGCAAGUUGGCAUUGUCUUCCGCAUUGGUGAGUGACGUACUGUGCACAAUCGUUACCACCACCGGUACUGCUUUUAUGUCUACUGGGGAAUCUAAUAGCAAUGAGGGUUUUAAAAACGUCUUGUGUUUGUUUGCAAUGGGCAUCUUUGUUCCUUUAGUUUGUCGCCCACUCAUGUUUUGGAUCAUCAAACAUACUCCAGAAGGAAGACCUGUGAAAGAUGGUUACGUUUACGUUAUCAUAGUACUGCUCUUCAUGCUAGGUUGGCUUUCGGUUAGCAUAAACCAAGAAUUCGUGCUUGGAGCUUUCAUUCUGGGACUGGCUGUGCCAGAGGGACCUCCACUAGGAUCUGCAUUGGUCAAGAAACUUAAUUUCUUUGGUACCACCUUCCUAUUGCCAAUCUUCAUCACUACCUGCAUGUUGAAAGCAGAUUUCUCCAUGACUUAUUCAUCCACAUCAGUUUUGACUAUCUCUCUCAUCGUCAUCCUCACCCACUUGGUUAAAAUUAUAUCCUGCCUUAUACCCGCACUCUAUUCCAACUUGCCCUUCGGUGAUGCUCUCUCUCUCUCCCUCAUUUUGAACGCCAAAGGCGUUGUGGAAAUCGGCCUCUACUGCUUCUUAUACGACCUAAAGAUAAUCGAUGGGAUAUCAUAUGGAAUAAUGAUUCUGAGCAUAAUUGUGGUAGCAGGCAUUGUGCAAUGGUCUGUGAGGUUUCUGUACGACCCUUCAAGAAAAUACGCUGGGUACCAAAAAAGGAACAUGACGAGUUUAAGACCUUGGUCUGAGCUGAGGAUGCUGGUGUGCAUUCAUAAACCAAGCCACAUAUCGUCGAUGAUAGAUGUGGUUGACCUGUUUUGUCCAACGGUAGAAAGCCCAAUAGUUGUGGAUGUAUUGCAUCUAAUAGAGCUGGUGGGACGAGCCUUGCCAAUUUUCAUUCCCCACCGUCUUAAGAGGCAAGCUUCAGGGAUUCAGCACAAGUCAUACUCAGACGAUGUCGUUCUUGCUUUCGACAUUUACGAGCACGACAACCCACAGGCGGUGUCGGCAUACCCUUGCACCGCAAUCGCUCCACCCAACCUCAUGUACGAAGACGUGUGCAACCUUGCCUUUGACAGGGUGGCGUCAAUAAUAAUUCUUCCAUUUCAUCGAAGAUGGUCCAUUGAUGGGGAAGUUGAAUAUGACGACAGGAGCAGAAGGGCACUGAACUGUAGGGUCCUAGAAAGAGCGCCGUGCUCGGUGGGAAUCCUGGUGACACGACCUUCGCAUAAAAUAAGAGAGGCGUCGUCAACACGAGUGGGGGUGAUUUAUUUGGGUGGACAGGAUGAUGAGGAGGCGCUGUGCAUAGCAAAGAGAGCAAUUAUGAAGGAGGAAAUGAGCCUUGUGGUGUAUCACGUGGUGUACAAGGCGGAGAAGGGGUGGGAUGGAACGGAGGAGCUGGAAGAAAUAAAGCAUAGGCAUGCACGGAACAUAACGUAUCAACAAAUAAUAGCAACCGAAGGGUCUCAGAUGGCUGCGUUUCUGAGUGAGAUUGCGAAGGAGAAUGACUUCUUCAUCGUUGGUAGGAGGUAUGGCAUCGACUCCCCUCAGACCGAAGGCCUUACAGAGUGGAGUGAGUUCCCAGAGUUAGGUGCCAUCGCUGAUUUUCUCGCUUCUCCAGAUUUGGAUACCCGUGCUUCUGUUCUCGUCGUGCAGCAACAGUUCGCACCCAAGUCACGUAAAGGCUGUCGAAUCGCGCAGAUUCAGAAGCUUUGCAAUGUUGAGCACGAAUUCAACCCUUUGGAAUUGGAUACCCCCAAUCACUGUGCUCUUCAUCUUCAGAACACACUGCAACAGAUUGUAUCCGACUUCCCUUCUUUCGAAAUUCAAGAUGCUUACAUACACCAUUUGCAAGAGGAGUUUGACAACGUCCACCUUCAAACCGUCCAAGUAGCUAACCAGAUUGACCUUCUUGCAAGAAUAUACAACGAUGAUUCUAUUAUCUUGGAGGCCAAACUUGAAGAACUGGAGUUUUCUUUACAUUGUAUUCCACCAAAGGAUCAGAAGAACACAUCUGACGCUAAUGAAGACAUUGAUUCCUCAAAGCUGGCAGAUGUUUGUGCAAAUAUAGCCGCUGAAAAUCUAGACAACAAUUUAGAGCAAUUUGAACUUGAUAAUAAGAUUGAUGAAAUGAAGUUGAUUGUAAAGUCUCUGCAGAAUCUUCAGUUUACAGUCAAGUGGUUUGAAGUUGUCGAGCAGAUUGAGGAUGCAUUAACGGGUCUAAAAGUGCUUGCAUUUGAUGAGAAUUGCAUUAGGUUGUCAUUGCAGACUUAUAUGCCAACAUUUGAGGGCAUUUCCUACCAACUGCGAGUUGAAGAAGAUACUAUUGAUGCAUCUGAGCUGAAUCAUGAGUUAUUAAUUGAAGUUUUUGAGGGAACUAUGAAGUUAAAGAAUGUUUUCCCAAAUGAUGUAUACCUGAGCGACAUUGUUGUUUAUGCAAAAUCUAUCAGCAAGUCCUCGUUGCAGUGGUUUAUACAGAAAGUGCAAGAUAGAAUUAUACUAAGCACACUUAGGAAUCUUGUAAUAAAGGAUGCUAAUAAAUCAAGAUAUUCGCUUGAAUACUUGGACAAAGAUGAGACUAUUGUGGCUCAUAUGGCUGGAGGAACUGAUGCAUACAUAAAGCUGUCACAUGGUUGGCCUAUAUUUGGUUCUCCGUUGAAGCUGAUAUGUAUAAAGGGAUCAGAUGAUUUGAAGAGAACAUCUCUAAGUUUUCAUUGCAAAGUUGAGAAGUUGGCCAAUUCUUUAGAUACUCGUAUUCGGCAAAAUAUAUCAAGCUUCGUCGAUGCUGUUGAAAAAGUAAUUAUAGAACAGUUGCAGCUUGAUCUUCGGGUCCAAAACCGAAAACGCAGUUGGGAGGUUGUUAAGAACCAAAUGGUGUAG